CUGCAUUGUCAUCAAAUACAAAGAGGUAUUUUUUAGCCAUCUUAAUUGCAAUUUACUUGUGAAUACUCUUUAAAAUUUUGCUCCUGUAUUAUUGGUUUCAAAAAGAGAAUGUAAUUUAAUAAGAACUGUAUUUGUAAGAAAUGGAGAUUAAGUCCUUAAGGAACAAGAAACUUGGAUGCAAAGGUAAAUACAGUACAAAAUAAACUGUUGACUACAAUGAUAAAUUUAUGAAAGAUUCCACAUAUAUUAACCGAUCGAUAAAUGAGAGGGCAAAGCAAUCAGCAGUAUUUCUCUAGAAUUCUAGCACAUAUAAUAUAAAAAAUGUUAGAUUAUAAUAAGUAACAUUUUGUCGCUUGAAGAUUUGAGAAGUCAGGCAAUUUUAAACCUGAUCAUCUGCCAAAUUA